UAGCACAUGACUUUCGGCUGGUUACACGUGAUGUGAGCUCGACAGUAUCUUGUCGGCGAACGUAUUGAACUAAUGAUUAGUUAAUCCGUGAAAGCUCGUUUGAUUUCAUAUGAAGUUUGACGAAUAUGUAAAGACCAGAUGUUAAUUAUAAUUGUGACUGUGAAGUGUAUAAUAUUUAUAUGAAGACAAAAAUGAAGAGUUCUUAUACAGUCUCGGUAUGGAUUUGGAUAGUAGUGAGGUUUGGAUUAACAGACUGCACGGGAACCAACCCCCAGCACGGGUACCUCACACAUUUCUACUUCAACCGGAAGCCGAUCAGCGUCAACGACUCCAUCGUUCUCGAACUCACAAACCGAUUCCUACCGGAUACGCCUGAGGAACACUACCUCACAUGUGAUGUCAACGUAAUUACGUCACCAGACCGGAAGCUCAUGGUGCAUUUUAUUUCAUUGGAAAUUUCGGACGCUGAAAAGGAAAUAGAUAGAUUGCAUAUAUUCGAUUUCAAAGAAAGCGGUCCAAUUAGGAUUACCCCACCGCAGGGCCUUUUUGGACUGUACAACAUAUACUAUCAGGGGCACUCGAAGGGUCUACAGGACUACGCGUCAACGGCCAAUCAGCUUAAAAUAGACUACCAGGGCAAACCCACGCUCGUCUACGACGGAUUCAAAAUCCUAAUCACAUCUUUUAGAGAAGCACGUGGCGACUGUGGGAGGGGCUUCACGAAAUGCGCGCGUCGUCCUAUUUGUAUCCCGGUCAGCACAUGGUGUGACGGGUACGGGAACUGCGGUCAGGGGGACCAAUCAGACGAGGAGAACUGCAGCCACGCCCAGGCGAGCACGUGGAACCCUCUUGACGGGUCAGUAACAGCCGUCGUGGCCGCCUCUGUUUCCAUAGCGACUCUGAUAAUCGUCGCCGCGGUAGUCCUGCUGAUCAUCCGGCGAGCGAACCGUCGAAUUAUUAUCCGAGGCAACAACCACGCUGUCUUGUUCCGAAAGAAUAAAAAGGGUGGGAAACAUCGCGCAAGUGGGCAGACGACAAACCUUCAUGCGCCGCCAUCUUACGAACGAGUCUAUGGAAUUGACGAAGCACCGCCUUCGUAUCGAUCCGUCGUGGAACAAUACACCGAUUCAGAAGACGAACAGGUUGAAUCACCUGGCAACGUGUAUGAAAGUAGUGCGCUCGCUUCCGCCACGGUUGUUGAUGAAGGUAAUGUAGGUCUUGCAGACGGCAAAAGUGGAACAUCGGAAAGAAACGCUAAGCAGGUACUUGUCGUCUGUGAUGUGGAGGGUCGCCAUGACUACAGGACGGAACUUGUUUCGUCUGCACAGUGCACGCCACAGUCAGACGAUUUUCAAACUCUGUCAGGUUACAAAUUGUGUUCAAACGGUGAUGCGAAGCAUGGCGCACAUCAUAUCAAUAACAGUGAAAGUGCGUUACACGAUCUCAAUGAGGCAGAUGGCUUAACAAAAUCAAAGGCAUUUCACAUAGAUAAUCAGGAAAUACGUAACCCCACGGAAGUGACAAACGGGAAGGAUAAACUAUUAACAAAUGGACAUUGCAAUGGAAGUAGUACAAGCACGUAUAACAGAUCGCCCUCGAGAAGAGACGCAGAUUUGAUAGAGUAUAUUGACAGUGAUAACUAAAAGUAGAUCAUGUGAUAUAUCAAUUUUUGAUACAGACUGUGUUAACAAUGUGAUGAACGUGGAUUCAAAUUUCACUACCGGUAUAUUUAAUGCUGUACAUUGGGCGACUCCAUGUACUUUGAUGAAGAUGUCAAGGUUGCAGAAUCAUACAUUACAAAUAUCACAAAGACUUGCCAUUUCCAUAAUUUCAUACCUUGAAUUCACUGUAUUAAAAUCUAGUACAACUGUUAUUUAAGAAAUAACAGUGCUUUGUCUAUAAUUGCAAUUAUAUUUUUAAAAGUAUGUAUGUGUUUGCAUAAAUUUGAAUUUCUUUAUUAACACUUUAAAAACAUGUCGAUUGCGGAAGCAUUGUAAAAGUAUCUGUUUUAAUACAAUCGAUAACGUGUUUGAAAUAAUCAAGCUGCAAAUGCGCUCAAAGCAAUAUUCGUCUUAACAUUUGCAUCUGUUUAUCAAUAGAAAAUACUGAAUAUAUCAUAUUACACAUAUUAUAAUUAUCAAUUUACAUGAACGUUUGUUGAAGGUUGCUGAAGUUUUAAUGAAACAUUGUGUUAAAAUGUUACCAAGAGAUAUGUUUGUAAACGCUUCUCUGUUUGCAAAUGUGAAACAAUACAUGUUUUCAUUUCUUUUAAGGUGCUAACCAUAAUCGUUAAUAAGCUGUUUUAUGCAGUCAUAAGAAAAUGUAAUGUUCUAUAUGCAUAAAUAAAUGUCAUUAAACACUGA